AUGGAGGAAAGCAAACGGACGUCAAAGUCCUCUCCAUAUGGUGCAAACUGUGCUAUUGCAGAGUAUCUCUCUCAAGAUCUUCCAUACCAACUUUCGCCAGAUGAUGUCUAUCGCACUGCUGGCUGUACACAAGCAAUUGAAGCUGUAGUAUCAGCUCUGGCCCGUCCUGGCGCCAACAUUCUGCUACCAAAGCCUGGUUACCCACAAUAUGUAGCUCGAGCAGCUUUCGAUUAUCUUCAAGUUCGCCAUUUCGAUCCUGAAGGCGACUGGGAGGUAGACCUUUCUUCUGGUGAAGCUCUUGCAGAUGAUAACACUGCCGCUAUUGUGAUCAUUAACCCAAGUAAUCCCUGUGGAUAUGUGUUCAAGUACCAGCGUUUGAAGAAGAUUGCAGAAACAGCAAGAAAACUUGGGAUUUUUGUGAUUUCUGAGGUUUAUGGGCAUCUAGUUGUGGGAAGCAAUCCAUUUGUGCCAAUGGAAGAAUUUGCUUCAAUUUUAUCUGUUCUUACACUUGGGUCAUCAUCAGAGAGAUGGAUUGCUCCUGGCUGGAGACUUGGUUGGAUUGUUACAAAUGACCCCAAUGGGAUCCUUAAGAAACUGGGGUUCCUAGAAGCUCUCUCAGCUAGGGAAGGUAAGGGCCCAGAUGUCAUUAAGCAUAAAGUCAGCAAUGCAGUCCCCCUCCGAGCCCUUCAGGAUGCCAUAAGGAUAAACACAGAUACAGCAACUAAGUUGGGUCGCAGCAUGGUGGAAAUCGUAGCUAGAAAUUUUGCAGGGAACGUGGUUCGAAUGUGGGCUAUCCCUACCCAAUCCGAUAUUCCGGAGUUUGCUGAGGCUUUUGGAAUCCUUCAAGGUUUUACAAAGGCUAAAGAAGAGGGAUGGUCAAAGAUUUGGCUAGAAUCUGAUGCCAAGAAACUCAUUCUCAGUCUUAACACUAACGACUUGGUUGACAUACAUUGGACAGUUGAAGGUGUCCUGCAGGAAAUAACUCUCCUGAAGCAUUGGUUCCAGGAAGUAACUUUCAACUGGGUUCCCAGACAAUCAAACUUUCUAGCACACUUUAUCUGUAAUUGGUGUUUCUGGAACAACACCUCAGGACUUUUAUCUUGUGCUGAUCUUCCUCAUGCUUUUGAAUCCUUGGUUUCCCAGAAGCGUGGUUCUUGA